UUUCAGGUCCCAACAUGUGUUUGUGUGUACAGUCUGUGCUUUACAGUGGUGGUCCUGUAGAGAGCGGUAGAUAGUUUUAAUAAGUGGUUACCCAGCCAGGCCGAGCUCCCCUUACUGUACAGUACAUCAGCGGAGGGAGGAGCGACCGUGUAGUAUUUCUUUUUUGCUUCUUUCCCUCCUGUCGUUGCAGUCCAUCCAAACGCUACUGGAAGGCAACAAAAAGGGGGAAACAAACUACUCGUUUCCACGCGAAAAGCUUUGCAAGAAGGAGGACGAGGCAGCCGUGUGUGUGUGUGGGGAGGGAGAUAAUUUUGGCAGUACGAGGCGCAGCAGCAGCUUAGUGGAGGACUGGGCUUCGGAGCGAGGGGGGACGUGUAGCCACUCAGCGCUGCCGCUACACUUGUGCACAAACCGGAGGAGCCCUGCUGACUUUCUCCCGCUUCAUUUCCGCCCAAUGCCCUAAUAUCCAACCCGAACUGGUGUCCAGACCGCGUGGGGGUAACCGACGAGUUCCCUGAGAGCUACGUGGGGAUGAAAGCUGGGAUGAAAUGUAAAGAAACAGUGCUGAAGUGAAGACAACUGACCACAAAGGGCGGAGACAAGGCGGACCACACAACGCAGGAGGCCUGAGGAAAUCAUUAACUGCACACAAACACAUACAAUAUGACUGAUUGGAUCCCACUCCACCCUCCUCAUCCCUGAGAUUGACGUCCACCUCCAGCCCCGGCCCCAGGGCCUGCCCUCCAACAUUUUCCAUAUUUCACAUUUUCACACCGAGCCACGCCGCACCGACCUCACCUCAACUCCCUCUGGAGACCCUCCCCAACCAUCCUCCCACAUACCCCCAGGGACGGGACCCCGUCAUGUUUCACUGACCGACCCCUCCUAACCGGCGAAUGACAAGUGUGCAUCCGAGGGUGGGGCUUGCCUCAGUCUCUCAUGAUUGGCUGCUGGAUGGAAUUAAGGUGAAUGGAACACGCGCCCAAGGAGCAGGACCCUAACCCAUCAGAGGGAGAAGAGAAACGGUGGCUCAAUGGCCCGAAAAGGAAGAGGAAGAACAGCCAAUGUUCGUUGAAGAGUAUGACUGCUCGUUGUCUGAGUGACAGCUCCAAAUCCCCCGAGCUGAAAGAGGCGAAUAAAGAAGGGUACAUCCCCAGCUACCUCGAAAAGGAUGAGCCAUGUGUGGUGUGUGGCGACAAGGCCACAGGUUACCACUACCGCUGCAUUACCUGCGAGGGCUGCAAGGGUUUCUUCCGUAGGACCAUUCAAAAGAACCUCCACCCCAGCUACUCCUGUAAGUACGAUGGCUGCUGCAUCAUCGACAAGAUCACCCGCAACCAGUGUCAGCUCUGCCGCUUCAAGAAGUGCAUCGCGGUGGGCAUGGCCAUGGACUUGGUGCUGGAUGACUCAAAGCGGGUGGCUAAACGGCGUCUGAUUGAAGAGAACAGGGAGCGGCGCAAGAAGGAGGAAAUGGUUAAAUCCCUCCAGAACCGUCCAGAGCCCACCGACAGCGAGUGGGAGGUGAUUCACCUGGUGACGGAGGCCCACCGACACACCAAUGCUCAGGGCGCACAGUGGAAACAGAAGCGUAAAUUCCUGCCAGAAAAAAUCGGCCAGUCCCCGGUUGCCCCGACGUCAGACGGAGACAAGGUGGACCUGGAGGCCUUCAGCGAGUUCACCAAGAUCAUCACUCCUGCCAUCACCCGUGUGGUCGACUUUGCCAAAAAACUGCCCAUGUUCUCUGAGCUACCUUGUGAAGACCAGAUCAUCCUGUUGAAGGGCUGCUGCAUGGAGAUCAUGUCGCUGCGAGCUGCCAUGCGCUACGACCCAGAAAGUGAGACGCUGACGCUGGGAGGGGAGAUGGCCGUGAAGCGUGAGCAGCUGAAGAACGGCGGGCUGGGCGUGGUGUCGGACGCCAUCUUCGACCUGGGCAAGAGCCUGGCGCAGUUUAACCUGGACGACACGGAGGUGGCGCUGUUGCAGGCCGUGCUGCUCAUGAGCUCAGAUCGUUCUGGCCUGACCUGCAUGGAGAAGAUCGAGAAGUGCCAGGAGACCUACCUGCUGGCGUUCGAGCACUACAUCAACUACCGCAAGCACAACAUUCCUCACUUCUGGCCGAAGCUCCUGAUGAAGGUGACAGACCUGCGGAUGAUCGGGGCGUGCCACGCCAGCCGCUUCCUUCACAUGAAGGUGGAGUGUCCCAACGAACUCUUCCCCCCGCUCUUCCUGGAGGUCUUCGAGGACCAGGAGGUGUGAAAAACACAGUUGCCACCAAGCAAAGGGAAGAGGAAGUUGGGGCUAACUGGGAGAUGGGAAGGGCCAUCAUUUUUAUAGGGGAAGGAUGGAGGGAGAGUCCUCUCGUCAGGAAUCUGCAUUUCUCCAACAUCGCAUUUACAGUACGUGGUUUAAAAACUGGAACCAACAAUAACAGAAACAACACACCAGCAACAGGAGAGUCAAGCAAACAGAGGAUUUUGUUUUUUGAGCACCCUCUCCUCCACCUCUUUCUCCUCCUUUUACUUACCCCUGUUUUAAAAUCCGUGUGGGGGCCCUUCUGUCUGAGCAUGAUGUCUUAUCUAGUAAGAGUUGUAGCCAUUUGCCAAGACACGUACACCGACACACACAGCGCGCGCACACACACACACAUACACACACACACACACACACACACACACACACACACACACACACACACACACACACACACACAGCCUGUUCCACCUCAGUUCUUCAGAGCAGCGCUCUUUGCAGGGGUCCGUUCCCCCUGUCUGGUUCUCUCUCUUUUUUUUUUAAGCGGUCACAGAUUUACACACCUUUUGAAGCCCAUGUUUCCAGCUUCCCUGCUGGCCAGCACCUCUCAGUAUUAUUUCUGAAUAAGUGUUAAGGCAGUAAUUCAGAAAAUAUGGACAUCAGUGUCACAUUAUAGCUCACAGUCAUGCAGGCACAACGCAAUCAGCAAAAACACUGCACAUUCAAAAUUUCAGCAGGCGCCUUCAACCGUAACUUUGGUGUAUAAUGGCUGCAGUAAAGCAGAGUUACCAGACCUAGUCUUUUAUCAAUUCCUCAACUCAAUCUGAGCCGUUACAGCUGUUUUUGGAGCUUCUUCUUAGAUCCCAGUGAAACCGGUGCUAUAUUUAUAUAAGGCUAUUCCAGUUUUAUGAAAUUGUGUUGUCUACCUUUAAAAAAAAUGUGCAGACCAUGGCUCCAUAUCUACCUUCAGUUUUGUCAUUGGACCGGCUCCUGUGACAUACACACACACACACUGACACACACGCACACACAUAUAUGAGCAGACUUGCCUUGUCAUUGCCCGUGCUGCUUGUGCCAGCAGCCUGCCGUCGUAUUAAUGACAAUUAAGCCCUCCUCUCUCCAAGGAGUUACUGCAGUGAAAGAAAGAAAGAAAGAAAGAAAGAAGGGAGAGGAGGGAGGAGAUGAGAUAGAGCGAGGAAGCAAGAUUUAAUAGCUGGACUGUAGAGUCAGAGCCAGGGUCAAAAUUAAAUCUCCCACAUGCAGCCUCCAAGGAGGUUUUCAAUAGCAGCAACCACCAGCGAGACAGCAAAGCUCAUCUUACACACACACACACAUACGCAAACACACACUCUCACAUAGACAUAAACACAAACAUGAAAACACACAACAUCACCUCAGAGUAACGUGAAUGCCUCAUUUUACUGUAUGCACUGCACAGCAGUGUCAAUAUACAGCCCUAACCUGCAGGGUUUGUACAGAGUCCUCUCCUCACGGACUCAACUCAGUGUGGCCCCUCCAGGCUUCCAUACACAUUUGCCUUUUUUUACCAUGGGCGUCACUGAGAGCAGGCAAAUGCCAAGAAGGCUACCAUUUACCUCAAAGUGGAUACACCCCCAGGCUGGGGCAGCAAUACUGCCCUCGUGGUGUCAGGCACUACCUCACCUCUGUGGACACGGGGCAGCUGCCCACAGCCUACACACACACACACACACACACAGACAUACACCAUUCAAGUUGGCGCACGUGUAGGUUAACACACACAUGUGCAUAAUAUUUACUUAGGUGCACACUUGGAAAGACAAAACGCUCACGUCAUACACAAACACACAACACCCACAUGCACACACACACCCUCAGUGCUAUCACUUGGUUGAAAUGAAAUACCAUUGAAGACAGGAGGGCCAGCCAUCCCCUCGGAGGGUUAAACCCACUCCAGGGAAUGGUACCCAUUACAUUCGGGUUAUCUCUUUUUGUUAUAUGGGACCAAGUGUCGUCUUUUGAAAUUUGGAUUUACCUGUUUCUGUCAAAACAGAAACCGACUCACAGAAGCGGCGAAGGACAGUGUAGAUGUGCAGCCCAGCUGACACCCAUCCACGCGAGUAGCGAGAGGAUAGGCGACAGAGAGUACCUGAAAACCCCUCGGUGGCCACGCCCGUUGAAUUAGCAUGCAGAGAAAGGGCCGUUUCCGUCUGCAUCAUGGCGAUCUUCCGCAGUACGCUCAUGAUGGCUGUCAUUGGAUCUUGAUAAAUACUUUCACAGUAAUAAGCUUUCUUUCAUGCAUGGACGGUGCAUCAGACGUAAAAAAAAGUAGAAUGUUCUCAACCGAAAUUAAGCUUCUCAAGAGGCAACUCUAAAGCUCUUUUAGUCUCGUGCACUUUACCAAUGCUCACCACUAUAAUGGUAAUAUGUCACGGCAAACAUCCAUGGCAGGUAUCAUAGUGCGCUAGCCAAACGACCAUUCAAGAAUGUUGAUUUGAUUAAAAAAAGCCCGCUCUGUUCAUUCCAAUUCUGGGGCCAAGCCAAAUCUAACUGGGUUCACCACUCUUACGAGAAGAGAAUGAAAGAAAAGAGAGACUAAGAAAAUCUAUUUUAUAUUCAAUGCCAAGCAGUAGUUGAUACUGGGCACUUGUACAGGAUGGGUAAUCUGCACCCCUCAGAAGUACCUAAGCAGAGUAACAUGUGGCAGGGAUCAUGGGCAGUCGUCACGGAUGGCCAAGCCGCAGUGCUCCGACGUUGGAGCAAUGCUGAGAGGAGAGAGGAACUGGAACGCCACCUUUGGGCAAAAUGGUGGAGUCUGGUCUGACUCCAAGAAGAACCCCCCUUUCAAAAGAUCAUCACCACUGCUUUUCAGAGACCCAUCCCCUGCCCAGCCUUACCCCUACUCUAGACCAUGACAAUGCCCUUUUCUCCAGAGCCUAGCUCAGACUAAAUUGCACCCCACCACCAUUAACACAGCCCCCACCCAGCCUGGCUGGUGGGAGUUUUUGCACUACUGCAGCGGUCCUCCUUUCAGCCCCUGACUCAUCAAAGUUUAACCAACACCUGUGGUUGGAUUACCUGUUAGUCUCCCUCACCAAAACUCAUCUCAAACGGGGUGAGUUUUGAUGGGGAGACUAAACUGGGGUGAGUUUUGGUGGGGCGGCUCCAAAGCAGCAGUUUUGGAGUUUAGGCUGCUCUGUGUAACAGAGGCUGGCAGUCGCAGUGGGCUCAGUCCCAAACCUGACCCGUUGUCAGUAUUAGACCAACAGCACAUGACCCUCACUUGUUAACCAACCUGACCAGGGAUGGAGAGAGAUCCCUGCGUAGGAGGGCUAUGUAGCACUUACUCAUUCUCCCUGUAGUACUCCAUUUUCCCAUCAUCCUCCCUCUAGAGUCAGCCCAGUGACAUUUCAAAUUCAGAGCCCUCCCUUCCAUCGUCAUCUUCUCUCCCCCUCUCCUCUUCCCUAAGCACCCUAGCUAUCGCACCCACUCGCCGCAGAGUGGGGAUGCCCCCAGUUUGGCCCAGAAUCAUUGACACCAAACGGGAUCCAGGCCUCUACCUUGUGAGACAAGGCUGGCCAUAACUGCUCUUUAGAGUGGCGCCACCGAAUGAAUGUGAACGGCAAAGCAGCAGCGACGGGAACGAGAGACUUGAGCGCAAGAUUGUGAGGAUGUGAGAGAAGAAGAAGAAAGCGCGGGACAGGAAACAUAAAAAGCCGAGGGCCCCGACCCUCACUGCCAUCAUUGACGUGGGUGCGAGAGGGUGAUGUGGCAGGUUGUAGAGACGAUGUUAACAAACACUCGGAGGAAGGGGAGACGGCGGUGCAGGAAUACGUACGGUCUCCCCCUUCAGCUCCCACAACAACCGCAUAUGAGCCCCUGCUCCCAUGCCAGCUGACAACCCCAAAUGUCCCCCUCAGCUCCCUCCAGAAGGAUAACCUCCAACUCUCAUGUGGUGAGGAUCAGAAAGAGAUCCCUCACUCCGGAGAGGCAGGUUUGGAAUUCCAACACGUCUUUGUAAAAGAACUGAAAAAGAGAAAAAAAAAAACCUAUCGAUGUCCUUUGUUCUCGUGAGCUGACUGGGUAUGUGUGUGUGACAGUAGGGGUUAUAAUGCUGCUUUACCUUCUGAGUCUGAUUUAGAUUAAGAAAAAAAAGAUAUAUGAAAUGAUAAUAAAUCCACAAAACAAAAAUUUAAAGAGAUGACUUUAAAAAAAGACUCCUGAACAAAAAUUAUUGGAGAUAUUUUCAUUUUAUCAUUGUUUUCUUAUUUUUCUGUUUGUUUUUUGACGCUUAAAACUGCUCUGUGUAAAAAAAAAAGGAAAAAAAAAACAGCUGUAGUCACUUUUUGACCAUGCGUGCAGUGUAACAUAGAAACUAUUUCACUUCUUUUUCACAUCUAUACUUUGUGUUGAUAAGCCAACUGAUCUGUUUGUCUGUGUAUCUGUCCAAGUUGUCCGUCCCCUUUUAUCAGGAGGAAUUUACAACCAACAAAACAGGAAUUUCUUUUUUUUUUUAUAUAUAUAUAUAUAUAUAUAUUUUGUUUUUGUUUUUUUUUU